AUGACCAUUUCGAGUUCAAGUUCUGAGGCGAGCUCCGAAACUUCGGAGACUGGAACGUCUUCAGGAGAUCCAUCGGUCCGAAAACCUUGGUGCCGAUGGUUGCCCCGAUCGUACCUGCUGGUCUUGGUGAUCAAUGCCACUGCGACCCUUCUGCUGUGGCCUGGUGAUGUUCAGUAUGUUGAUCCCUGUCCACUCAAGUUUCGUCUCUUCUUCUUUGGGCUGAUGCUGUCGAGUUUUGGAGCCGGCUGCGUAGCAGCCUUUCUGGUGAGAAGGGCUGAAGCAUCAGAUCAUACAAAGUGGGCCUGUGGCUAUGCCAUAAUCAACUGGAUUCAAGCCAUGUUGGGUUCGAUGGGAAUGGAGGAGCCAGGGGGAAGGUACUGCAGGUAUGGAGUGAUACCAGAAGGAGAUACCAGGUAUUGGGCACUUGAAUUCUGCCGAUGGCUGCUGUAUCUCGUUGCUUCCUGCUGGAUGCAGACGCUCAUCGCUUCACGGCUGGAUCUCUUGGAGCAAUCUUCGACUCGGAACUACUGCAGUAGCUGCUUUCGCAGACUGAUGUGGGCCCAAGUCUUUGGGGCAGCAGGGGUUUUGCUUCCCAUUGCGUUCUUGGUCUAUACGAUCAUGCGGGGUGGGUACUCUUGGGGUACAGCUUUGACCAGUCUGAUCGCAAUAGGAGGCAUCACAUUGCUGUGCAAUUGGGCAGCGAGCAUCGUGGCCAUUUGCUCUUUCCGAAAGUCUUACUCGGAGCUGCGGAGGAUUUGUCGCCUGGCAGAAGCGAACGAGGCCUCCAUCUCCGCAAGAUCUUCCUUGAGACGAGCCCGAAGGUUUGCUGGUUUGCAAGGGUUGGGUGUAUCAUUUAGCCUCGUGUUCACGCUUCUGCUUGUUCCAGCACGUGUUUGUUCUAUGCUUCUGUAUCAUGAAAGCUAUGACGCGUUGACGGUGGUCGUGUUUCUUAUUCAAGCUCUUGAUGCCCUGGGAGAUGCUGUGGCCGUUCUCCUUCUGUCCGGCAGCCACAGGAUGGCCAAAGUUGAAAGGAGUCAGGGGAGCCAACGUAGCUGGAAAGUCGAAAAGCCUGAGAAUAGCAGAAACCAACAGACUUCACAUGAAGAUGUGAACUGGACCAGCAAGGUGGAAGAACUUUCAAUGCGGGGGAUGACUUUGAGGAGCCUCCUGCAGUUCUAUCAAGAAAACCUCCCUUCAAUGCCAGAUUGGAAGUAUGCGCCCAGGGAACACAAGACCAGAGAUGUGGUCCGAAGAGCGAUCAUCCCAUUGACUAGCAGAGAAGAAUGUGCAUUCUCAGUUUCAGCUUUCAACAAGGAUGGUCCGAAACGGGCACAGGUCAUGGUGACCCACAAUUGGGGCAACUCGUUCAGCGACCUGCUGGCUGCAGUGCUGUCGGAUGCCCUGCAGGAAUGCAGUUUCAGCUUGCCAGCAGAACUUCUGCAGGAGGAGUGCGCUUUCCUACAGGACCUUCUGGCGAAAAUGGGGAGGUUGGAUGAGACGUAUUGGAUCUGUGCGUUUGCUGUGAACCAACACAUCAGCAUCUACCCGUAUGACCGGGAUCCUUUCACAAAUCAGCUGCACCCAGUGUGCCACUGCAACAGCACAAACAUCAUUGACUCGGAUGGCCGAAGUGCUUCGUCAGAGAUCAACAAGUUUGAUGACAUGAUGCGUCUUCUUGCCACGACUGGGGGAUGCCGACAAGUGAUUGCAGUGGACAAACCUCUGGAUUUGUUUCGCCGUGCCUGGUGCGUGGCUGAGAUUGCGGAAGCCAAACGUUUGCAGAUGGACCAGUCAUUGAAACUCUGGUCCAAAGCAACGCUGCAAGAACGUGCCCGGACAUUGGAAAACCUGGAUGUGCGGGACAUGCGUGCCUCCUCGGAAAAGGACAAGGAACUCAUCCUUGGCAAGAUUCAGGAUGUAGAUGAUUUCAAUGCCAAGCUUCAGGUGCUCAUUUUUGAUCCAAAAUCAGGCCUUGUUGCCACAUGGAAUGCCAUGGAUAGCCUGCAGCAGAUUGGUGAAGUGGGCCGGCUCAUUCGAUGGGGCCUGGCAGAUGCAGGCAGUGGAAAAGAGUACGUCUGGAGGGUCGAGGCAGGUGAUGACCAACAUGGGUUAGCAAGUGUCAUGACGGAUUUUUUCGGGCCAACCGGAGCAGGGCACCUUUUGUUGGCCUGGAAAGAGUCGAUCCUUCACCCCGCGGGCCUGUGCUGGAAGGCGAUGUUGACGAUGAGAAAAGAAGAGCUCCAAGUUGGAUGUUGGAGCAGCCCGGAGGCGGAGGAGGAGCCGCGCAGCUCGCAGAUCUGCCACGGAGUGGCCAUGCCCAUGGCGAGCUCCGAAACUUCGGAGACUGGACAGUCUUCAGGAGAUCCAUCGGGCCGAAAACCUUGGUGCCGAUGGUUGCCCCGAUCGUACCUGCUGGUCUUGGUGAUCAAUGCCACUGCGACCCUUCUGCUGUGGCCUGCUGAUGAUUGGGGUGGACUCCCCUGUCCACUCAAGUUUCGUCUCUUCUUCUUUGGGCUGAUGCUGUCGAGUUUGGGAGCCGGCUGUGUAGCAGCCUUUCUGGUGAGAAGGGCUGAAGCUUCAGGUCAUACAAAGUGGGCCUGUGGCUAUGCCAUAAUCAACUGGAUUCAAGCCAUGUUGGGUUCGAUGGGAAUGGACAAUCCACUGGAUGGGUACUGGCAAUGCACGUAUGGAGUGAUACCAGAUAGAGACUUCGGAGGCAAAAUUUGGUAUUUGGCACUUCUAUUGUGCCGAUUGCUGCUGUAUCUCCUUGCCUCUUUCUGGAUGCAGACGCUCAUCGCCUCACGGCUCGAUCUCCUGGAGCAAUCUUCGAAUCGGAACUACCGCAGUGGCUGCUUUCGCAAACUGAUGUGGGCCCAAGUCUUUGGGGCAGCAGGGGUUUUGCUUCUCAUUGCAGGCACAAUCAUUACGGGUAGUAGCAACAGCGGAAGUAUCAUUUUCUAUACAAGUUGGAUCAGUCUGUGCGCAAUAGGAGGCAUCGCAUUGCUGCGCAAUGUGGCAGCGAGCAUCGUGGCCAUUUGCUCUUUCCGAAAGUCUUACUCGGAGCUGCGGAGGAUUUGUCGCCUGGCAGAAGCGAAUGAGGCGCCUAUCUCCGCAAGAUCUUCCUUGAGACGAGCCCGAAGGUUUGCUGGCUUGCAAGGGUUGGGCGUAUCAUUUAGCCUCGUGUUCACGCUUCUGCUCGUUCCAGCACGUGUUAGUUCUAUGCUUUUUGCUGUUGGAAGCUAUGACUUUGACGGCUAUGACGCGUUGACCGUGGUCUUGUUUCUUAUUCAAGCUUUUGAUGCCCUCGGAAAUGCUCUGGCCGUGCUCCUUCUGUCUGGCAGCCACAGGAUGGCCAAAGUUGAAAGGAGUCAGGGGAGCCACAGGAGCUGGAAAGUCGAAAAGGCCGAACAUAGGAGAAACCAACAGACUUCGCAUGAAGAUGUGAACUGGACUAGAAAGGUGGAAGAACUCUCAAUGCGGGGGAUGACUUUGAGGAGCCUCCUGACGUUCUAUCAAGAAAACCUCCCUUCAAUGCCAGAUUGGAAAUAUGCGCCCAGGGAACACAAGACCAGAGAUGUGGUCCGAAGAGCGAUCAUCCCAUUGACUAGCAGCGAAGAAUGCGCGUUCUCAGUUUCAGCUUUCAACAGGGAUGGUCCGAAACGGGCACAGGUCAUGGUGACCCACAAUUGGGGCAACUCGUUUAGCAACCUGCUGGCUGCAGUGCUGUCGGAUGCCCUGCAGGAAUGCAGUUUCAGCUUGCCAGCAGAACUUCUGCAGCAGGAGUGCACUUUCCUGCAGGACCUUCUGGCGAAAAUGGGCCGGUUGGACGACACGUAUUGGAUCUGUGCGUUUGCUGUGAACCAACACAUCAGCAUCUGCCACAGCAACCCGUAUGACCGGGAUCCUUUCACAGAUCAGCUGCACCCAGUGUGCCACUGCAACAGCACAAACAUCAUUGACUCGGAUGGCCGAAGUGCCUCGUCAGAGAUCAACAAGUUUGAUGACAUGAUGCGUCUUCUUGCCACGACUCGGGGAUGCCGACAAGUGAUUGCAGUGGACAAAUCUCUGGAUUUGUUUCACCGUGCCUGGUGUGUGGCUGAGAUUGCGGAAGCCAAACGUUUGCAGAUGGACCAGUCAUUGAAACUCUGGUCCAAAGCAACGCUGCAAGAACGCGCCCAAUCAUUGGAAAACCUGGAUGUGCGGGACAUGCGUGCCUCCUCGGACAAGGACAAGGAACUCAUCCUUGGCAAGAUCCAGGAGCAGUCUCAACGACCAGCUCAGUUGCUGGCGCUGAAAUAUCCAGGCAUCAGUCACAGCGCGACAGCGCCCAUAGUGGCCAUCAGGAUUUUGGCGAUGUUGACGAUGAGAAAAGAAGAGCUCCAAGUUGGCAGCUUAAAGUUCCAGUGCCAGAUGUUAGAGCAACCGGGAGGCGGAGGAGCCGCGCAGCUCGCAGAUCUGCCACGGAGUGGCCAUGCCAGCUCCGAAACUUCGGAGACUGGAACGUCUUCAGGAGAUCCAUGGUUGCCCCAAUCGUACAUGCUGGUCUCGGGUUCUGAGGCGAGCUCCGAAAGUUCGGAGACUGGAAAGUCUUCAGGAGAUCCAUCGGUCCGAAAACCUUGGUGCCGAUGGUUGCCCCGAUCGUACCUGCUGGUCUUGGUGAUCAAUGCCACUGCAACCCUUCUGCUGUGGCCUGCUGAUGUUGAGUUUCCUGAUCCCCGGUACAAUCAUCCUGUCUGUCCACUUAAGAUGCGACUCUUCUUCUUUGGGCUGAUGCUGUCAAGUUUCGCAGCCGGCUGUGUAGCAGCCUUUCUGGUGAGAAGGGCUGAAGCUUCAGAUCAUACAAAGUGGGCCUGUGGCUAUGCCAUAAUCAACUGGAUUCAAGCCAUGUUGGGCUCACUGGGAAUGAACAGUCCUGCAGUGGUUGGCAUAAUCUAUGGUCUGAUUACGGCACCGGGUGGUAUCAACAUUUUCCGUACAUGUAUCCUGAGCCUGAUGGCAAUAGGAGGCAUCACAUUGCUGUGCAAUGUGGCAGCGAGCAUCGUGGCCAUUUGCUCUUUCCAAAAGUCUUAUUUGGAGCUGCGGAGGAUUUGUCGCCUGGCAGAAGCGAAUGAGGCGCCUAUCUCCGCAAGAUCUUCCUUGAGACGAGCCCGAAGGUUUGCUGGUCUGCAAGGGUUGGGUGUAUCAUUUAGCCUCGUGUUCACGCUUCUGCUCGUUCCAGCACGUGUUGGUUCUAUUGCUGUUGUUUUCAAAGUUGGAGGCUAUGACUUUGACGGCUAUGACGCGUUGACCGUGGUCUUGUUUCUUAUUCAAGCUCUUGAUGCUCUGGGAAAUGCUGUGGCCGUUCUCCUUCUGUCCGGCAGUCACAGGAUGGCCAAAGUUGAAAGGAGUCAGGGGAGCGACAGGAGCUGGAAAGUCGAAAAGGCCGAGCAUAGCAGAAACCAACAGACUUCGCAUGAAGAUGUGAACUGGACUAGAAAGGUGGAAGAACUCUCAAUGCGGGGGAUGACUUUGAGGAGCCUCCUGCAGUUCUAUCAAGAAAACCUCCGUUCCAUGCCAGAUUGGAAAUAUGCGCCCAGGGAACACAAGACCAGAGAUGUGGUCCGAAGAGUGAUCAUCCCAUUGACUAGCAGCGAAGAAUGCGCAUUCUCAGUUUCAGCUUUCAACAAGGAUGGUCCGAAACGGGCACAGGUCAUGGUGACCCACAAUUGGGGCAACUCGUUCAGCGACCUGCUGGCUGCAGUGCUGUCAGAUGCCCUGCAGGAAUGCAGUUUCAGCUUGCCAGCAGAACUUCUGCAGGAGGAUUGCGCUUUCCUGCAGGACCUUCUGGCGAAAAUGGGGGGGUUGGAUGAGACGUACUGGAUCUGUGCGUUUGCUGUGAACCAGCACAUCAGCAUCUGCCACAGCAACCCGUAUGACCGGGAUCCUUUCACAGAUCAACUACACCCAGUGUGCCACUGCAGCAGCACAAACAUCAUUGACCCGGAUGGCCGAAGUGCCUCGUCAGAGAUCAACAAGUUUGAUGACAUGAUGCACCUUCUUGCCACGACUGGGGGAUGCAGACAAGUGAUUGCAGUGGACAAAGCUCUGGAUUUGUUUCGCCGCGCCUGGUGUGUGGCUGAGAUUGCGGAAGCCAAACGUUUGCAGAUGGACCAGUCACUGAAACUCUGGUCCAAAGCAACGCUGCAAGAACGUGCCCGGACACUGGAAAACCUGGAUGUGCGGGACAUGCGUGCCUCUUCCGAAAAGGACAAGGAACUCAUCCUUGGCAAGAUUCAGGAUGUAGAUGAUUUCAAUGCCGAGCUUCAGGUGCUCAUUUUUGAUCCAAAAUCAGGCCUUGUUGCCACAUGGAAUGCCAUGGAUAGCCUGCAGCAGAUUGGUGAAGUGGGCCGGCUCAUUCGAUGGGGCCUGGCAGAUGCAGGCAGUGGAAAAGAGUCUCUGCGUUUGGCCGUUGAGCGGACGGAAGACAUAGAACGCCUACUCGGGCGGAAGGGUCGAGACAGCGACAGAGGGGCCCUGCAGCGCAGGAGCAGUCUCAAUGACCAGCUCAGAGCUGGUAGAGAUGGCCAUUCAGAAGAUGACUGCCUGGCAAAGUUACAGGAAGUGAACGAGAAGCACGAAACUUUGGAAAAGCCCACCAGCUCUCUGUCGAGCGACUGGAGCACUUGGAAGGGUCAGGGCGCCCCAGCGGUUAAGCCCAUGAUUCACCAGCUAAGCAUGGGUUGGACCAGGAUGUUGGAGCAGCCGGGAGGCGGAGGAGCCGCGCAGCCCGCAGAUCUGCCACGGAUGUCAGUUGACAUGGCGAGCUCCGAAACUUCGGAGACUGGCACGUCUUCAGAAGAUCCAUCGGUCCGAAAACCUUGGUGCCGAUGGUUGCCCCGAUCGUACCUGCUGGUCUUGGUGAUCAAUGCCACUGCGACCGUUCUGCUGUGGCCUGCUGAUGCUGAGUAUCCUGAUUGGUGGUACGAUGAUCCUCCUGUCUGUCCACUCAAAUUUCAACUCUUCUUCUUUGGGCUGAUGCUGUCGAGCUUCGGAGCCGGCUGUGUAGCAGCCUUUCUGGUGAGAAGGGCUGAAGCUUCAGGUCAUACAAAGUGGGCCUGUGGCUAUGCCAUAAUCAACUGGAUUCAAUCCAUGUUGGGCUCACUGGGAAUGGAACGUCCAGGGGGAGGGUACGGGUACUGCAGGUAUGGAGUGAUACCAGAUAGAUCAGAUAGAGGCUUGAGAGGCGACAUUUGUUAUUCUGCACUUGCAUGCUGCCGAUUGCUUCUGUAUCUCGUUGCCUCUUUCUGGAUGCAGACACUCAUCGCUUCACGGCUGGAUCUCUUGGAGCAAUCUUCCAAUCGGAACUACUGCAGUAGCUGCUUUCGCAGACUGAUGUGGGCCCAAGUCUUUGGGGCAGCAGGGUUUUUGCUUCUCUUUGCAGGCAUAAUUUAUCAGAUCAUUACGGGUGGUAGCAACAGCGGAAGUAUCAUUUACGUUACAAGUGCUAUGAGCCUGUACGCAAUAGGAGGCAUCACAUUGCUGUGCAAUUGGGCAGCGAGCAUCGUGGCCAUUUGCUCUUUCCGAAAGUCUUAUUCGGAGCUGCGGAGGAUUUGUCGCCUGGCAGAAGCCAAUGAGGCGCCGAUCUCCGCAAGAUCUUCCUUGAGACGAGCCCGAAGGUUUGCUGGUUUGCAAGGGUUGGGUGUAUCAUUUAGCCUCGUGUUCACGGUUCUGCUCGUUCCAGCACGUGCUGGUUCGGUGCUUCUAAGCUAUUACAGCUACUGGGAUCCCCAGUAUGACUCUUUGCAGGUGGUCUUGUUUCUUAUUCAAGCUUUUGAUGCCCUGGGAAAUACUGUGGCUGUUCUCCUUCUGUCCGGCAGCCACAGGAUGGCCAAAGUUGAAAGGAGUCAGGGGAGCCAAUGUGGCUGCUGGAAAGUCGAAAAGGCCGAGCAUAGCAGAAACCAACAGACUUCACAUGAAGAUGUGAACUGGACCAGAAAGGUGGAAGAACUUUCAAUGCGGGGGAUGACUUUGCGGAGCCUCCUGCAGUUCUAUCAAGAAAACCUCCCUUCAAUGCCAGAUUGGAAAUAUGCGCCCAGGGAACACAAGACCAGAGAUGUGGUCCGAAGAGCGAUCAUCCCAUUGACUAGCAGAGAAGAAUGCGCAUUCUCAGUUUCAGCUUUCAACAAGGAUGGUCCGAAACGGGCACAGGUCAUGGUGACCCACAAUUGGGGCAACUCGUUCAGCGACCUGCUGGCUGCAGUGCUGUCGGAUGCCCUGCAGGAAUGCAGUUUCAGCUUGCCAGCAGAACUUCUGCAGGAGGAUUGCGCUUUCCUACAGGACCUUCUGGCGAAAAUGGGGAGGUUGGAUGAGACGUAUUGGAUCUGUGCGUUUGCUGUGAACCAACACAUCAGCAUCUGCCACAGCAACCCGUAUGACCGGGAUCCUUUCACAGAUCAACUGCACCCAGUGUGCCAGUGCAACAGCACAAACAUCAUUGACUCGGAUGGCCGAAGUGCUUCGUCAGAGAUCAACAAGUUUGAUGACAUGAUGCGUCUUCUUGCCACGACUGGGGGAUGCCGACAAGUGAUUGCAGUGGACAAACCUCUGGAUUUGUUUCGCCGUGCCUGGUGCGUGGCUGAGAUUGCGGAAGCCAAACGUUUGCAGAUGGACCAGUCAUUGAAACUCUGGUCCAAAGCAACGCUGCAAGAACGCGCCCGGACAUUGGAAAACCUGGAUGUGCGGGACAUGCGUGCCUCCUCGGACAAGGACAAGGAACUCAUCCUUGGCAAGAUUCAGGAUGUAGAUGAUUUCAAUGCCAAGCUUCAGGUGCUCAUUUUUGAUCCAAAAUCAGGCCUUGUUGCCACAUGGAAUGCCAUGGAUAGCCUGCAGCAGAUUGGUGAAGUGGGCCGGCUCAUUCGAUGGGGCCUGGCAGAUGCAGGCAGUGGAAAAGUGUGGAAAGCAUGGGACAGCCACAACUGAAUCCACUAAGCACAGCCCA